AGUUGGCAGGACCUUGCAAAUAAAGUUUGACGCGAUGUGGACGAUUUUAUGCAUCGCUUGCAUAGUUUUAGUCAUAUUUCUACUUAAAUAUGUCUUCGGCAGCUCAGGUCCGAACCCGUUCGCGAAGGACUGUCGUGAGCCGCUGAGAGAGAAGGUUUACGACAAGAAAGAGAAAAAUAAAGUCCUAAAGCAGGGUUUCCUGGCCAACAGAGUGCCAGACAAUCUCGAUGCAGUUGUUAUCGGCAGUGGUGUCGGUGGACUCGGGCUGGCAGUGCUGCUAGCUAAAGUUGGAAAGAGGGUUCUGGUUCUGGAGCAGCAUGAUCGGGCUGGGGGGUGCUGCCACACGUUCACAGAGAAGGGCUUUGAGUUUGAUGUUGGUAUCCACUACAUUGGCGACCUGUUGGAGCACAAGCCUUUUCGCUGUAUGCUGGACCAGAUGACCAAUGGACAACUGCAGUGGGAGAAGCUGGAGAACCCAUUUGACCACGUUGUGCUGGGACCUCCUGAAAACCGCCGCUCCUACCCCAUCUACAGCGGCAGCACUCGCUUCUCUGAGGAGCUGAAGAAGCGCUUCCCUGGAGAGGAGAAGGCCAUCGAUGAGUACUUGAGGCUGGCCAAGAAAACCGGACGAAGCGCCUGGUUCCUGGCUCUGCUGAAGCUCUGCCCCUUACCCUUGGCUAAGCUCCUGAUCCACACCGGUCUUGUCAAACAUCUGUCCUUCUUCUUUAAAAUGGCGCCACGCAGCCUGACCGACGUAGUCAACGAGCUGACGGAGAACAAGGACCUCAGAGCUGUCUUUACCUACAUCUUUGGCACCUACGGCAACAUGCCAAAAGACGCCAGCUUCGCCAUGCACAGUUUGCUGGUCACUCACUACCUGAGCGGCGCCUGGUACCCUAAAGGGGGCAGCAGCGAGAUUGCUUACCACAUGAUCCCCAUCAUCGAGAAGGCCGGGGGCGCUGUUCUGGUUCGAGCCCCAGUCAACCGUAUCUUGUUCAACGAGGCAAAGGAAGCUUGCGGGGUGAGCGUGUUGAAAGGUCAGGAGGAGGUGCACGUCCGUGCCCCCAUGGUCAUUUCUGAUGCUGGUAUCUUCAACACCUACGAGAAGCUUCUGCCCAAGGAGCUCCAGGCCAUGCCAGAGAUCCAGAGGCACAUCGGUAUGGUGAAGCACGGUGAAGGAGGCUUGAGCAUCUUUGUGGGUUUAAACGGAACCAAGGAGGAGCUGGGCCUGAGGGCAAACAACUACUGGAUCUUCGCUGAGAACAAUUUUGACGAGCUGGUGGAGAAAUAUAUGAACCAAGAGAGAGAGGAGGCUUCCAAAAAAAUACCUCUGCUGUUCGUUGCCUCGCCGUCAGCCAAAGAUCCAUCAUGGGAGGCGAGAUCACCAGGAAAGUCUACUUUGAGCCUGGUCAGUUUUGCCAAAUACUCGUGGUUUGAGGAUUGGAAGGACGACAAGGUGACGAACAGAGGAGCCGACUACAAAGAGCUGAAGCAAGCGUUCAUUGACACCGCCCUGGAAGUGGUGAUGGACGUUUUUCCUAAGAUCACCAGAGACAAGAUUGAGUACGUCGACGCUGGGACCCCCAUCACCAACACGCACUACAUCGGCGCCCCCGAAGGCGAGAUCUACGGCGUGGACCACGGCAUCGCCCGGUUCAGCCCCGAACUCAACGCCGUGAUAAGACCUCAGACUCCACUGAAGAACCUCUACCUGACAGGCCAGGACGUGUUUCUGUGCGGCUUCGCUGGCGCCCUCGCCGGAGCUCUCACUUGUGGCUCGGCCAUUCUCAGCCGCAACCUCCACCUGGACGCCAUCGCCUUGGCUAAGAGAACAAAAUACAUGGACAAAAAGCUGAAAGAGGAGUAGCCGCUCUUGUUGACUGUAUUUCAACACCUUUGUUCAGUUUGACCGCGCAGCUGUUUUUUGGUCUGAUGGGGUAUAGUAGUGGGGAAAGGAAUCUACAGUCUGGGACAGGUUGGAUCAUGAUGACUGGGGGAAAUGCCCAGAAUUUGGUGUUUGUGAAUAAAUUUCGAAGGUCCUGAGGAAGAAGCAGCAAAAAAAAUAAAAGCACUAAUAUACAAUCCCGUGUAUCCAUUUCUAAAAAAAAAAAGCUAUUGCUUGGAGAAGAAAGUAGAUUAGGGUCCUACUACUCCUCACUCAUGUAGAAAAUCCUUGUGUGGAAACUGGUUCUGGUUUCCCAUGAUGUUUUUUCCUUUCUGGGAAGUCAAGUAUUUUAAUGACCACUGUCAGUGGAGGGCUAAUUGUAACAUCUUUUAACCAGACAAUAAUGAAAACUGAUUUAAUACCGCUAAUAAAAACGGCUCUAAGGACUUCCACAUUGGUGUAAAUUUUAAUUUGCAUUGCUUUGUAUUUUUCCACCUCUGUCUUUGUGCCAUUGUGUUUUCGUUUCUCAGAUGGAUGGUGACGGGGGGAGGACUUCCUAAAAUCGGGCGUGUCUGUGAUUGUUGUAGUGCAGAAGAUGCAGGAGUUUGUUUUCCAUGCAUGCGUUCUCUUCCAUUAUCUAAGAUCAUGUCGCAGCGGGAACAGCUUCAGGAGGGACACCCAGAUACUCGUCUCCCCAGUAAUAUUCACCAAACUCUUUCCAGGAGAUCCCAGGCCCGACAGGACAUGCACUGCUGGGGGAAAAAGUUACUUUACCACUGACAAACUUACAUGUUUCAGCUCAUCAAAUAAUUGUAAAUAUUAGAAAAAGGAUAACCCGAAUAAAUACAAAUAAUUGCA